UGAAUGAGCUCAUGUUGGGUUGCAUUGCUUCAAUGUCUCGCAGUGAGAGAUGCAAACAAGCGUAAAGAGCCAUUAGAGCUCUGGUGGAAGCAAAGCGGAGGACUGUGUGACUGCAGCUGAUUUGGGACGUACUCUGAUCAUUGGGAUUCUACUGCGUUGAGAAUUAAGGACACUUGCUAUUUUUUCCCUCCGGGCUCAAAACCGAAGGUGAAAUGUCGUUUUUCCAGCUGAUUUUUUCGCUGGUUGUCCUGGAUUUGGAGUAGAUCUGAACUGUUCUGAUGGCUGCAGUCCAGUGAAACCGGCCUGUCUUUGGAUCUCCAGUGUGUGUGAGCGUGUAUGAAUGUGUGUGUGUGCGCGCAUGGGUCUAUGUGUGUGUAUGAGUCCGUAUGUGUGUGUGUAACCCCAGCACAUUUUCUUGGAGGUCUAUUUUUCGUGUCUUUUGGAUCUAUGGGAUGCAUCUAGAUCGGGCUGGGUCCUCUGGGGGGGCAACAAUGUGGGUUACUAGGAAGGGGAAACCAACAGGACCCUGAGGCUUGUGUAAAUGUGCUUCCUGACCGCCUCAGUCGUCUGAGAAGGUCAGACCUCCCUGUGGCACGCUUGGGCCGCUGGCACUAAGAUGUCCCUCAGUAGUGGCACUGCAGGCGGGAAAGGUGUGGACUCAAAUGCGGUGGACACUUACGACAGCGGGGAUGAGUGGGAUAUUGGUGUAGGCAACCUGAUCAUUGACCUCGACGCCGACUUAGAGAAAGACAAGCUUGAGAUGUCUGGCACCAAGGAUGGGGACGGAAUGGCUACUGCCUCGAGCGCCGUAGCGGCAUUGCCUGAUAACAUCAAGUUCAUUAACCCGGUGCCUCCUCCACCGAUCAAGGACAGCAAAUCCAAAGCUAAGCGUAGCAAGAAUUCCAAGGACAGUAGCAAGUCCUCAACCCCUGACGGGGCCAAGAAGGACGCCCAGGGACGGACUCAAAAUGAGGGCGCUGGGCCAACCGCUGGAAGCGGUCCCACGACCUUACCUACGGGGAAAGGUUCUGAUAAAAGUAACAAGGCCUCCCGUAAUGUUCAGAGUGGAAAAAAGGACAAGGAGGGUUCUGGGAAAAGCAAGAAGGAGAAAAAUGAAGGGGUACAAGCUGGGAAUGUGCCCUCGGAAAAGGACCCAUCGGCCCAGGUUAUGCCUUUAGGCCAGGCACGCAAUACCCCAUUUGAGGGGACGCAAAAUUCGGACCUUGGUGGUGCUGAUCAACUAGGGAAUAUUACCCUUGAUACCACUGGAAUAGUCACACCUUUGGCUAUCAAGAGCGAACCAGAAGAAGUGGAAAAUAAUGACUGCAGGAGCAUGAAGAAAGUAAAAAGUGAGAAGAUGGAGUCUCCGGUGUCCACGCCGGCACCACCACCGCUCCACCUCCUCGCACCUGUUGGCAACAGCGACAUCUCCUCCUCGUGUGAGCAGAUCAUGGUCCGCACGCGCUCCGUGGCCGUCAACACCUCUGACGUGGCUCUGGCGACCGAGCCCGAAUGUCUGGGUCCUUGUGAACCUGGAACCAGCGUCAACCUGGAGGGCAUCGUCUGGCAGGAAACGGAGGACGGUAUGCUGGUUGUAAAUGUCACCUGGAGGAACAAGACGUAUGUGGGCACCCUUUUAGACUGCACUCGACAUGACUGGGCACCCCCACGGUUCUGUGAGUCACCCACAAGUGACCUGGAGAUGAGGAAUGGCCGUGGACGGGGUAAAAGAAUGAGGCCCAAUAGCAAUACGCCAGUCAAUGAAAAUAGUAAUUCUUCUGAUAACAAAGGCAGCAACAACAGCAAGACUCGAGCAGCAUCAAACAGCAAAGGGCGGCGGGGCAGUCAGAAUUCCUCUGAGCGGCGCACCCCACCAAACAGCAACCCUGAGGAUAUAAAGGCUAGUCCAUCAUCUGCUAACAAACGUAAGAACAAACCUGCCUCGGACAUGGAGCCCAAUUCUAGUUCAGAGGACACUAAGGGUAGCAAACGAAUGCGCACCAAUUCAAAUAGUGGAAUACCUCAUACUAUUCUUCCCCUGUCCAACAUCAAAGCUGAAUCCUUGCCCCCUUCUUUGGACCGCAACUGCCCCUCACCGGUUCUCAUUGAUUGCCCUCAUCCCAACUGCAACAAGAAGUACAAGCACAUUAAUGGUCUUAAAUAUCACCAGGCUCGUGCUCACAAUGAUGAUGAUAUCAAGCUGGACAUAGAUGGUGAUAGUGAGUAUGGUGAGGACUCUACUUUGCACCCUGAGUCAGGCAGUUGCAAUGGUGCAUCCAUUUCCCAGAAGGGCUGUGCAUCUCCUGCGCGGUCGAACACACCCAAAGGCAGAGGAUUUGAUGCCCAGAGCCCAUCACCGUCAUCAGGAAAGUUCAUCUCCAAGCAGCCUGGAAAGAAGAAACCAGAGACUGAGCAUGACACUGGUGUGCCUAUGGAUGGCUGUGAGGAUGGCCCAUGUCUUACAGAUGAGACGAGCAAUGAUGGCAUUGAUGAUAAAAGAGGCUUGGACAAAGCUAAGAAGUCUGGCAGUAGUACCAAGGCAGACAAGCUUGCUCAGAAGGCAAUGAAGUCAGCAAGGCCCCUGGUUCCUUCCUUACCUCCACAGCAGUUGUACACCUUACCAACUUCUGGCUUCCCUGCCCCCAAUUCUGGCUCCUCCUCCAGUAUGGGCUCUGUGGUCCAGUCCAUUAGCAAGAGCCCCCAACUAAAAUCCAUUCAACCCAAACCUGCAGUAAUGGGAGAUCCCUCAAUGAACCCAGUCUUGAGCAGUUCUAAAGACAAGAAAAAGAAAGAUAAGAAAAAGAAGGAGGGUAGUAAGGAAGGAGACAGUCCAAAAGCCCCUUCCAAAGGAGGGAAACCUGAAGAAGGUAAGAGCCCAUAUUCCGAAAGCUCAGACCAAGGCAGCAAGAGUGAGGGGCUAUUGAAUGGAUCUACGGAUCCGCAUCAAAGUCGGCUAGCCAGCAUGAAAGCAGAGGCGGACAAAAUCUACAGCUUUUCUGACAAUUCUCCCAGUCCUUCUAUUGGUGUGGCUAGUCGGAUAGAAAGUGGGGGGAUGGCACAGCCUCUUACUCCAAUUCACGUGGUUACCCAAAAUGGGGCAGAUAACUCUUCUGUGAAGACCAACAGCCCGGCAUACUCUGAUAUCUCUGAUGCAGGGGAGGAUGGAGAGGGCAAAGUGGAUGGUAUGAAGGUCAAGUCUGAGGAUCAGGCAGUUCGGGAAAGUGCCAAGAAAUCUCUGUUCCCAUCCCAACCACCAAACAAAGACUCCUCUUAUUACCCAGGUUACGAAACAUACUACUCGCCCAAUUAUGGCAACCCAAACCCCAGUCCAGGAGUCUCUAACACUGCCACAUCAUUGCAAGACGGUGCAGUGAAGGUGAAAAAAGAGGAGGACCCAGAACCAGGGAAUGAAAAGGGCAAAUCAGAGCCGCCUGAAGAACGAAAGCCAGACAUAGGUGCAUCCUCUCAGCAGCAACAGCAGCCUUCGGUCAUUCAGCAGCGUUCUAGCAUGUUCAUGCAGCCCCUCUACUACAAUCAGUAUGCUUAUGUACCUCCCUUUGGCUAUUCACCAGAUCAAGCCUACCAUAACCACCUGAUGAACACAAGCCCAGCUUACAGGCAGCAGUGUGAGGACCGACAACGACAAGCAGCUGAGCAGCAUCGUGCUGCAGAGAAGAAAUCAGAGGCUGCUCAGAAGGACAGGGAAGCCUCCAUUAAGUCAGAAGAAUGGAAGCAGAAAGCUUCAGUUCCUCCAACGUUGUCUAAGGCUCCAAGCCUCUCAGACUUGGGCAAGCCAUCCCCACAGGGCAAGCCCAAAGAUCCCUCAGAGCCUGGCAAGUCAGUCAUUAUCCCCAAAGGGGAAGAUGGCAAGGGACAGACCCAGCAAAGUGAGGGUUUGAAAAUGAAGCUAAGUGAAGCUGGCCAUCAUACAAAGGAUGAACAGAAACCAGGCCUCGAGCCUGGGAGAUCGGCUAUGGAGCAGGCAAUGUACAUGUAUAGACAGGAGCAAGACUCUCGACUGUGGCCCUACGUUUACUCCAGCAAGUACCCCGAUGCUCAGAAACAGAUUGAUGAGGAGAGGUGGAAAGAAGAGAGAGAUCGGGAUCGUGAGCGAGAAAGGGAAAGGGAAAGAGAACGGGACAGGGAACGUGAGAGAGACCGGAAGGGCAAAGACGAAAGGCCGCGUCCUAAAGACACUCCCUCUAAAGAGGAAAACAAGGAAGUGGCAGAACCACGAACUUCAUCAGCCUCAGAGGAGCAUAGAGGAGUUAGCAAAGAUCCACGAGCACAUAUGCAGUUUUCCUCACCUCUGCAGCAGCACCAGUCAUAUAUGUCUUAUAUGCACGGAUACCCCUAUGGCCAGGGUUAUGACCCCAGCCAUCCGGGAUACAGGGGGAUGCCUACUGUCAUGAUGAAUUACCCUGGAUCAUACCUGUCGCCAGGGUACUCUUUUUCUCCAUAUGGCAGUAAGAUGCCGCCUGGUGAGGAGGGUGAGAAGGCUCGUGCCAGUCCUACGGUGAGCGGCAAGUCUGCAUCCGAGUCCAAAGCUCUGGACAUCCUGCAUCAGCAUGCUAGCCAGUACAAGAGCAAAUCUCCGACGGUGGGUGAAAAGACGCCCCAUGAAAGAGACCGAAGUGGGAGUGAGAGGGAAAGAGACGGUGAACGUCCAAGAUCUUCACCCUCUCAGCGGAUCAUGCCUUCCCACCAUCACUUAAGCUAUCCACUACUCCCGGGACAGUACGACCUGUCUUAUGCUACAGGUAUCUCCUCUUCAGCCAUUGUUGCAAGUCAACAAACCUCUGCCCCCUCACUUUACCCCCCAGCACGGAGGUGAGAAUGGGAGAAGUGACUGGCCGCUUUUCUGCAGAAAUGUGACUGGUUCACAUGAGGAUGUGGUGUGGAGCUUAUGACAUCAGUUCAAUGAUGUUUCUGAUUUCUUUAUGGUUCUUUUUCCCGGACUUCUCGGCGCCUUUGACCAACACCGUCAGAGAGGAGAAAGUGGACGCCCAGGCAUCCACGUACACGCCGAGCUCCACCUCGGGAAGUGCACAUCCAGACGCCUCCCUCUCUGUGCUGCUGGCUACAUACUCAGGAGAGAGGAGACACGGCCUGUCUGCAGAGACCUCAUGUGAUGCGCAAGCUCUCUGAAAAGAAACAUGGACCUACAGAGUGUGGGAAAUCUUGAAUGAACCUGGAUGCAAAGACAUUCUGGAAGUCACUACAUUGUGUUUAAAGCAUGGAGUGCUACUGUUCUGGACUGCUGCUCUAGAGCCAUGGGGAUUACCAAGGUUGUUUUUACCGAAGGAUUCCAGCAUCUUGGUUGCCGCUCUUCAUCUUCGUACAUUUACAUACACAAUCUCUUUGUGGACUCUAUGCAAGUGGAUAAGGCUUGAUUUCCUCACUCAGUUCAUUCAGGGCAGUAAACUCAGUUACAUUUACCGCUGCAAAAGCUAUCGUUUCAACAUACUUGAGUUCCUUGUUCAAGAGGCAGGUUUUAAUGCACUUCCCUGUCUUUAUCAUUCAUAGUUAUUUUCUUUCAUGUUUCUUUUGACUUUUCGUUUAUGAAUGAUGAACAAACAGCCCAAAGUCACUCCAUCAACUGCUUAGCAUUGGUCGUUUAGCAGUUCAAGGCAAAUGUUUUGUUCUUGAAUGGGCGGCAGGGCAACUGCUCCGUAUUGGUCGUUCAGCGAUGACCUGAUUUUUAGUUACUUGUUGGGCCUUCUGACAUUUGGAUUAUCCGGGUCGUGGAGGGAAGAUGAAGCAUUGGCAAUUGGAACUUUGACUUCCAGACUGGAUUGACAGAUUUUUCCAGCCUGCAUUGCUGUAUUGACAGUUAUCAUAUGCAGACACAAGGCACAAUCUGCUUUUCCCAGGCCCAGCUCUAGAAAGUCGUUCGGGACUUAACGUGUGUAUUUGCCAAUGGAGUUACCAGAUUCUACUGAACUGUUUGUGUCUGGUCACAAACUGAACCUUCACACACGGAUAAUUUUGAUAUGCUGCUUGCGAAUCUCAUGCCAGACUGCAUGAGUGAAGUCCGAAACAGGGCAAACCUUGAAGGCUUAGAGCGAUCCGAGGAAGAUAACCCCAAAAGAGGCUUAAGAGCCGGCAUCCAGCAUCUGGACUUCUGGAUCCUCACUGAUCCACAGACUCACGGAGCACCAAACAAGGAAGACCAUAGCUGGAAACACUUUCUUCUGUACGUCUGCAUGGUGUAAUCCAGCACUCGGUAAAAGCAUUAACCCAAACAGAGAGCGAUGCAACACGUGCAGGCGUCCUUCCUUUUCUCCCUCACUAUGUGCUUUCUGUAUAUAUUGUACAAAGGAAUUAUUUUAAAAAAAGGUUGUUGAAUGCUAUCGGAUUUUCUUACUCUCUCUCUCUUAAUUUUUUUUUUUUUUUUGGUCUGUUAGCCUUUUUUUCUACCAUUGUCGACAUAAUAUCAACGUUUAGCUGGUAUAACGGCUUUAUAUUGGAAGUGUUUUUGUUUUUUAACUACUUUUUCUACCCCUCCUCUUCAACACCAAGUCAGCUCUGAAACUGUUUAGAAGCACAUCUUUUGCGUUUACUGAAAUAAAGUCAAUUUUAAUAAAACGUCAACAUUUUUAGUCCGCGCACCUGCAAAACAUAAAAGCAUGUUCAUAUUUCAUGAGGGACUGAUGGGAACUGUGGGAAAGGAAGCUGCAACCCGAGUCUGGUGCUAUCUGGAGCUAGUUUUUCCAGUUCAUCAUCAUGCAGUUAUUGUCUGAAUCUCAAACUCUCAGGAGAGCAUUAUUUAAAUCUGAGCCUUUUAAAUCAUCCUGGCAUGUUCAUUGCUCUCGGCUGUACUCAAACUUGAUUAUUGAACAGCACAGGGAAGAAGACAUUACUUAACGUAAUUCGUUUACAGCGAAUUCCCCCAUGUUAAACAUGAUAGUUUGUUUUUCAUCUUCAGCAAAAGUUCAGUAUCUGCAAGGUAGGCUUUUUGCUCCUUAGAUUUUUAAAUGAGUGACAAUUUCAACGCCGCCGCCACCGACCCCCAACUAACACUCAUGCUAAAGACGCCUAAUCACACAUUGUAUUAGUUUCAUUUUGUUGCAGGAAAGAUCUGGGCCAGAUUUCUUUAGGCAUUUUCAUUUCAUUCUCUCUGUGGUGAUGGAAAUCGUUUUUAAUGCUGAUUUAGGACUCUACCGAAACCCUAAUUGCAGCACUGGUCUCAGAUCAGCGUCAAACGGCUCACUCUAAUACGAGAGAGUCCGGAUUUUAUAUAUAGUAAUAACCUCACUUUUAGUUGUUCUGUCUAUGCGCGUUUAGCCAGUAAACCUGUGCUGUCUGGUGAUUUGAUUCAUAAUUGUUGAGGAAAAAGCGCUUGAUUGUUUUAAUUUAUUUUUUAAGAGUUCUUCAUUUGUCGUUGCUGUUGUUUUUUCUAGUUCAAAUUUUCUCCUUGUAGAAAGAUGAAACGGCCGGUUUUGUUUCAACAGUUCAAACAUUCGUUCACAUUUGUCUCCAACGGUGCUAAUAUAGCCUACCCUGUGCGAUCCUUGUGGGAAGAGAAGAGGGAAUUUUUGUUCUUAUUAGGCCCCUCCCACAAUCCACCUCACUAAUUAAGCCCCACCCACCCCAUGCCCAUAGAGAGCAGUGUCAGUCAUUGGUACUUGAAAGAAAGAUGUUUACACCUCUUCAUUUCUGUGUUUUGGAUACAUUUCUCUUUUUGAAACCAUCGCUCUCUCUUUCCCUGCCUUCCUCACUGUCUCGCUGCCUCUGUCCCACUCUCUCUUCCUAGGGAUCUCUCAUGUAAAGUGUAAAUUGCUACAUUUUUUAUACAAUACUGUAACUUGCCUUUGUACAUUUAGGCAGAAAAUAAAUCUUUUUAUGAGACAAUCA